AAAAAAAAAAAGCCCACCUCUUAAGUUGAGAGCAGCCUUCCUGGAGCACAGAUAAUUACAGACAUUGCAGAGCUACGGUCAUACACACUAUGAUGAACUUCACUUUGAUAACAGCUUUACUUAUCUGCAGCUUCAGCUGGAUCUCCGUCUCAGUGUCAGAGUCUGAGACCAUGAAUGCUCAGCCUGGUCAAGAAGUCACUCUGCAGUGCUCCAACAUUUCUAAACAUGAAACUACAACAUCCUGGUUCAGACUGGUCAACAGAACCAAGGCCAGCUGUAUAUCAGUUAUGAUUAGAUCUAAUGGCAGUCCUUCAUACUGUAAUGAAAUUAAAACUGGAAAAUUUGAAAUGAGCACCAACAUCUCUACUGUCUCUCUAAAAAUAUCACAUGUGGAUGUAUCUGACUCUGGACUGUAUUUCUGUGGAUUUCGCAUCGACGGACACAUAAUCUACAGUGUGAUACAAUUAAAUGUUGGAGGAGGUGAUGAAUCUCAUAGACAGGAAAAAGACAGAAAGUCUGAAGCAGAGUGUGAUGGAAUAACAAAGCUGACGAGUGUGAUCCUGGGUGGUCUGACCAUUCUCCUUGUGAUGGUCAUCAUUGGUCUAGUUGCUUGCAGGAAACUUCAGAUGGCUGCUAAAGAGGAAAAGAAUUCACCACGGCAUGAGAACCUGGGCUCUGAUGAUUUGAACUACGCAGCAGUGACUUUCUGUCCAAAACAAAGAAGAGGAGAAGUGGAGCCGAAUGUGGUGUAUUCUGCUACUAGAUAGGCUCAGGGUGCAAAAAUAAAUGCAGUUCAGAGUGGAGCUGAUGUUUCAUUUAUAAAUGAACGUGUCUAUAUUUUUAUGAGGAAGGAAAAUACAAAGUUGGCAGCAGCCAACCAGAUUUACACCUCGUUUGUGAGUUUUUAAAUGAACAUGUGACAAAUAUUUCUGCCCCUACUGGUCUGUCUGCUGAGAAAACAGUACAGUCUGUAUCAGUGUGAAGUGAAGUUUGAACCACAGGAGGCACACAGCUGACCCUCAUCUGGGUUCUAUCUUCUCCACAGUGUGUUACUUUCACAUACAACAAAAAUAUCACCUCUAACAUUUUAUAUUUUAAGAUGCCCUUAGACAUGAUGUGGUAAUGCUGAUGGUGCCCACCCAAAAAAAAAAAAAAAAAAAAAACUGCUGCUGCAGCUUUAACACACUGCCCCCUGCAGGCAGUGAAUUCUAUGAAGUAAACAUCACUUGUUGGAAAGGAGGGUGGCAGAGUGUGGUCUGAGCACAUCUGAGAUAGGAAUCAUAAAAUCUGUCAAGUCUGAAUAUCUGAAUAAAGUCUGAAAUGAA